AUGGUGAUGGAACUAUUGGUAGAUCUGCUCACCGUUAAUGUAACUGUGACUACUGACGGUGUUACUGUGACUACUGCCGUUACUGAUCAAUAACACUGUUGUUGCCAAUACCACCGUUGUUGUUCCAUUGUUCUUGCCAAUACCACGGCUGUUAAUCCACUGAUUACUGCUACUGCUUCUUAUAGUGUAUUGAUUCUGCUAAUGGCCCCUGCCGCUGCUGCUGUCGCUAAUAUUACUGCUGCUGUUGCUACUGAUGUUGCAAAUAGCAACCUUGAUGUCGGAGAGCAGCUUAUCACCUGAUCAUUUCUGGCGGGAAACGCGUUCUUCGGCUCGACUGACAGUCCCACGCGGCCACAAGACCUGUCACCAUGCGUCCGCUCUACCUGGCUCUAGUCCUAGCGAUGUCCUCGACGGCUCUGGCGGCUACCACCUCUAAGAUGUUCCGGGUAGAAGGACCGCCGCCGCCCUCCACAGCCUCCUACACCCUCGAGGAGCUGAUAUCUUCCUCUUCGGUGUCCUUCUUGGCCUUCGUCAAGAACGCGACGGGGCAGCCGGCGGGAAAGAAUCAGGUCGUUCGUGUACAGCCGAUCCAAAGCCCGUGUGUCCGGAGCAAGACCCUCUCGCCCUUCAGCCUGAGCAUCGUGGCAGAUCUUGACAACGGCUCCUCAGAUGGCCUGUGGCACUUCCCGUUCAGACGGACUUAUUAUAUAAUCUUUCUGGAGAAGACCCAGGAGGCGGGAGUCUUCCGUCCGUUGGGGGCGCGAGAGACCUCGCAAGAAGCGUUCAGUGAUAUGCGGGAGAAAUACUACAGACACUUCAAGGGCUGUUGGGCACUUAAACUCACCUUGACCACUUCUUCGUGGUACAUGGUGGAGAAUGUCACCACCUACCACCUGUCUCAGGGGUACAGGGUGGAGGCCACGACCCCCACCUACCACCUGUCUCAGGGGUACAGGGUGGAGGCCACGACCCCCACCUACCACCUGGCCCCUGGAGCCACCUUCAACCUCACCUGCCAGGCCUACAGAGUCGUCGACGACCCCUACAGAGCCUUCUCGGGGUACGACCUGACCAUUGUCACUCCCGGUGGACGACGGCUCAGUAAGGGCCCAGUCAAGAGUCUUGUCUGGCCAGACCUCAGGGCGACUGUCAGGACAACCGUGACGUCAGAAGAUCCAAACGUGACGUCAGAAGACCCAAGCGUGACGUCAGAAGACACAAGAGUGACGUCAGACGGUGUGACGACGUCGUCAGAGCCGCUAACGGUGCCAGGAGAGUACGGGUGCCUGGUGCUAUGGCCGGGAGAGCCUGGAGUCCUCACGAGUGCCACUAUUAACGUAGGAGUCAUUGAUUCACAGAGAGCCCCAAGUCUCAGUGUCGAUCCUCCUUCGAGGCUCAACCACACCCUCGACCACACUGUCGACCUCAAGCAGAGCGCGGACGUCUUCGACACCAGCAGCCGUACGGAGCCAGCCACUGUCGACUGGAUUAUCCGGUUUUCUACUUGUCUGGAACCGUAUUUCAUCUGGACGCAUCCUAGUGGAAAGGUGCUCCUGAACGGGACCUGUACAGAGGUGGGACAGGAAGAUCAGUGUCACCAGGGCUUCCUCACCCUGCAUCUGUUACCUCCUUACACCCUACAAGACGCCGGGGACUACAACCUUACUCUCCUCCUCCAAGGUCACCCUCCAGGCAGCGUCCACACCACCUUUGACGUCUUCAGCGCGCCUUUCAACACAAGCGUUACCAUGGAGACGACGCGAGGCUACGUGUUGAUUAACCAAGACGUUAAGGUUAAGUGUCGCUCCUGGGGAAACCCUACCCCAAGCCUUGCCCUCUACCCUUGCUCCAGUGCCGACUGCACCUCCAAGGACGAGGCGGUAGAGGCGAGGGCCUCGGACUUCCAGCAGGAGACCCGGGGAUCGCAGGUGGUGCGGGAGUGGACGCUGACGGCAGCAGAGUCCAGGCCGUACACCUGCAGGGCCAGGAACACCUACGGCAGCCACACCUCCAGACCCGUUCACCUGCUGGUGUCAGAUGCAGCAUCACUAAGGGAACACGACCUGGAGGUGACUGAGAGUGUGGUAGAAGGUGACAACGUGACCCUCACGUGUCGAGUGAGUGUGAUGGUGUCGCUGUCUGGCCUCGUGUGGACCUCAGUUGCGCGCCAGGAAGAGUAUGAGACGAAUUACAGCCGUGUGAGUGUAGCUGAUCUGGGCUCUGUAGCAGUCGAUGACGAAGGAGAAUACGUGUGCAGAAGCGUCGCCAGGGGUGACUCAAGUAGUUCCAAGGUGGUCAAGACUGUUCACCUCCAAGUUCGACGAAUGGAGGCCCCGACCUGGGCUACUAAUGUCAGCCUGAACACCACCUACGACCUCCACAAGAGAGAGACGCUGGUGCUAGACUGUUCAGCUGACGGCGUGCCUUCCCCAACCUUCCACUGGACCAAGGACGGGCGGGAAGUGACGCCUUCGGAGACCGAGGACGUCGUCCUGGAGGGCGCAGGAAGGGUGCUGAAGGUGCAGAAAGCGAUGCCGAAGGAUGCAGGACGUUACGAGUGCUUGGUGGAGAAUCGGGCGGGAAAGCUUCUGGCCUGGUUCCUGGCCGCCUACGUCCCUUCAACCCAAGUGCACCACUCGUCCCUCUGGGCCGCUGUGGGGGUGCUGGUGCCGCUGCUCGUGGUCGUCACCUUCCUCUACAUUUCCCGCUACUUCUGGAACCUGGUGAGGUCCCGGCGGUACCUGCUGAUGGCGCAGAAGGUGUGGGAGGAAGGCAACGUGGCCGCCCUCAACAGCAACCUCUGCCUUCACCACCAGGCCGACCUCCUCCCUUUUCAACCUAAGUUUGAGUUUUCCAGAGACAACAUUACCUUCGACAAGCUUCUAGGGUGCGGUGCGUUCGGGCGUGUGUAUCGAGCUGUGGCAGCGAACCUGUCGCCCGGUCAGCCCCCCACCACCGUCGCCGUCAAGAUGGUCAAGUCCCGCCACGACAAGACCCAGCUGCAGGCCCUUCAGUCCGAACUGAAGAUCCUCAUGCAUAUCGGAAAGCACGUCAACAUUGUCAACCUCGUCGCCGCCUGCAGCAAGAGCCUCUACAGUAAAGGGGAGCUGAUGAUCCUGGUGGAGUACUGUAGACACGGCAACAUCCUCGACUACUUGCGCCGACAUCGAAGUCACUUUAUUAACCAGGUGGACGAUCUCUCUGGCUCCCUCCAGCCGUCCCUUGCGCUCCCGGCCUCCGUCGACUCCAGAAGCUCAAGCAACGAAGCUGUAUACAUUAGUGUGGACCGCGUGGCCUUCACUGUUCCCACCCCUGGCACUGUCUGUCUUGGCACUCUGGCCCACCAGUCGCAACAGCCGCUACUGGAUGUGUGUGGGUCGAGGGAGGUCACCGGACCACGACCUCAGGACAGCUCUCUCCUUCACUCAGAUAUGACCUGCGUUACUCUCAUAAGCGACACUCACAACAUGGAGAUGCCCAGCCUUCCGACGCCGACGGAGGAGAGAGAGAAGCCCCUGUGCUCCAGAGACCUGCUGUGCUGGGCCUUCCAGAUCGCCCGCGGCAUGGACUACCUCUCCUACAGGAAGGUGCUGCACGGUGACCUGGCGGCCAGAAAUGUCCUCUUGGCCGAAAACAACGUGGUGAAGAUCAGUGAUUUUGGCCUAGCCAAGAAUAUUUAUAAGUAUUCCAACUACAAGAAGAACAAGAAUUCGCCACUGCCCGUCAAGUGGAUGUCAGUGGAAGCUCUCAGGGACGGCGUCUUCUCCACGCAGAGUGACGUGUGGGCCUUCGGCGUGGUGCUGUGGGAAAUGUUCAGCUUGGGCCAGAAUCCUUUCCCUGGUGUGGACUUUAACGAGAGCUUUAUUAAGGAGUUGGAAGAGGGCCACAGGAUGGAACGACCCAAGUUCUCUACACGAGCCCUCUACGAGGUGAUGACUGAGUGCUGGAGGCUGGACCCACAACUCCGCCCCUCCUUCACCCGCCUGGAGCAGGACCUCGGCCACAUGCUCACCAAGGUGGACCUCCAGUAUUUUGAGGAGCUGCAGCAGGGCUACGAGCAGGAGGCGGAGAAAGAGACGCAAGAGGCUGAAGGAUCCUCCUAUCUCAACAUGGUGUGCGCUCCAGAUUACUGCAACAUGAUUGACAAGGAGGAAGAAGACCCUCAUCACCCUAAGGAAGGUUGUCAAGUUAUCACCCAGAAUCUAGCGACCACGACGACACCUGUGACAGUGGAAAGCUGUUUGGUGGCGGACAGUUCUUCUUUGACUUCUCAGUCGCCUCCCUCAUUUCCACCCCAAUAUAUUGCCGGUUCUUGCCAUAAUUCUGGCGAUUUAACCCGGCUUAAUCUUGUAACUAAUCCCUUCACGAGGUUGGCAACUAAUACUGACAUGUUCACUGCAGAGUCUUCCGACGAAUCCUCAUCAUAUAUCGACCGUAGCGCCCGGUCAAGACCACCAUCGCAGGUGAUGGCCGGCACUGACCCAGCCAGGUCGUCCACACUCCCCUCCAUAUUGUCACCCACCGCUUCUUCCAUCAGUGGCAUAAUUUCUGACAAUCUCUCAACACCUACCAACCCUUUUUCCUAUGGGGUUUCUAACAGCGGUUUCACUGCGGGCUCCGGUACGUCAACAGGUACGCCAACGGGUACUCCAAAGGGGCUAGGCUACUCCCAACAGCACCAUAAUCCCCCGCCACUACCAAAGGUUAUGGGUUACGUGCCUCUCGCCGCUGUCGAUAGCCUCCUCGACAAUGUUAUUACAUCCAGACCUCAGACGGAAUGCUGGGCCGCCGAAGAGUCCUACUGAGAGCUCGCAGCUGUCUGAGUGACCUGGAUAUGGAGGUUGACCUUGAGGCAGUAAAGUGUGAUCUGGAGGAGAGUGUCUGCAUCAAUAAGGGCGACUUUGGCUUCCUGGCGUAAUUUUGUCUUUUCUUCUACUCAUUGUGUUCAAGAAAUACAAUACAAGAAAAUAUUGCACACCUGCUCCUGGUAGUACACGAUGAUCAUGUACGUUGGUGAAGAAUGCUGAAUAUACACUAGUAUACACCAUGAAUAUACAAGGUAAACAUACACUAUUGGGGACAAGAAUCCAGUAGAUUUAUUGAGGUAUCUCUAAACCAGAGACUCUUGUUGACCGUUACAGACAGAGUCAAGCUGUCAGUGUCAUAAAAUUAAUAUUAUGAUUAUUAUUAUUAUAUUGUAAUCAUUUAAGAUAGGCUUUUACGAAGAAAAAAUUAACAGCAAUUAAGACGUAUCCUUAAAUACAGGUAACCGAAGAAUAUUAGAUUUAAUGGGGUUUUUGCAGGAUGCAACACCAAACAGUUACCCCUACUCGAGAGUAUCUAGUUAAUGUUAGGUGAACAGGGGAAUCAGGUGCAUGGAACGUACAUAACUACAAGUCUUGUUCUGUGCGGGAAUCGCACCCGGGAACAUAUGCUUGUGAGCUUAGUUUGCUAAUUACAAAAAUGGCUUUCCAGUGGAUCAUAUUGACUAUAAUAUAUCCACUAUAUGUUUUUGUGCGAAUAAACAUUAUAUUCUCAAAUAUUACGCGACAACACUUGAUUACUGUAAACAUAAUAGUUACCCAUACAUUUAUAGUUUUCUGUUUUAAAUAUUUUGUUUCGUUUUCUGUUGCAAGGUUAUCAUAGACUAUUUUAAUAUUAAAAUUGUAUAAUUUUUGAAUUUAUUCAAUGAUAAAUUAAGCGCUUCUGAAUCAUUUUUCCUUAUUAAUACUUCAUUCACAAAUAUCUGAUCAUCUUUGAGUAUCUGUUAACAUCUAUUCUUUCUUAAACUGGUUUAUAAGUUUAAAUUACGUUUGAUUUUUAAAAUAAUGAAUUAGAUUUUAUAGUUGAAUAAAUUAUGCUUAAUUAAUACUGAAAAAAUUGUAAAACCAAAAUCAAUAAUAUCGUUCUCUAUGAGAUAUAUAUCAGUGUUCAUAUUUUACGUAAAAAACCAAUGCCAGAGAAAUGCACCAAAGUUUUAAAAAUAAAUUUGCCCGUAAACAUAUAUCACAUACAUAUGUUUAUUGAUUCUAUUUCUAGUCAAAACAACAAACAUUUAGCGAUAAAAAGUCCUGCUUCAGCUUUAAUCUAACCUCGGGGAUCUUCAAGAAGCAAUCAAGACAUAUCUUGGCCUCGAGACAUUCUCGGAGGACGACUGGGGCCAGCAGGGAGCCAAUGAGAAUCUUUCGCUACUGGUUUUCACCGCUGUGAUAGGUCAGUAUACCAGCCUCCCUGCCACACCCGUAGACCGCGUGGGUCUACCCAGUGGUGCCAGAUUGGGCUACAAAUAGCGAAUUGGGCUACUUUUGAGAGCCCCGCGCUCCCAAAUUUUUAAUUUCGCUACUUGCUACUUUUUGGGCUAAUUUAAAAGCAAGAUGUGCUAAUUUGGGCU